AUGGCAUCCGGCCAGAGUGCUACUCCCGAAGAGGGCGAAUUUUUGAGCCAACAAGAUGGCCGGUUUAUUAUCGAGUGCCUGCGAAACAUUGACGAAAGCAGGAGUGUCAACUUGACCAAUGUUGGAGCCGCGAUGGGCUAUACCAACACUGCAUCUGUCGGCAACAGGUUCCGUGCCAUUCGCAAGCGGUACGGCUUCCUCAAUCUCGAGGCUACCACUAAGCCAUCAAAUGUGAACACUACCUCAGCUGCUUCUAUGCCAAUCACUUCCCCCGGACAAGGCAAGCGCAAGGGCCCCGGUGGUGGAAGAAAGAAAAACGUGACCAAGACCGAACCCGAAGACCCUUUCAUCACCGACAAUUCUGAGGCCGAAACCAUUAUCGCAGUUGAAGUACCCAAGAUCAAGGCAGCACUUAAGAAGGGGAUCAGGAAGGGAGCCAAAGUAACUUCUACUCCUAUCCCGGCUAUUGAGCUUGGAGCUCCUAGGGGAAGCAAGCAUUCCAAGGCAAAUCCAGAGUCGAAGGUCAAGACUGAAAUUUUGAAGGAUGAGAGCAUUGACGUUAAUCUUCUUAACGCGAAGGGUAACAUCAAACUCGAGAAAAAGUUACUCAAAUUGCCCACCAUCACCGACUCGGAGCAGAUUGAAUUCCUCCUUAGCUGUGUCCGUCACGCAAACAGCGGCAAGGUUGAUUUCGGAGAAGUUGCGAAAGAAUGCAGCAUCGUCUCUAGAGGAGCUGCCGCGAAACGCUACGAGCGUCUCUCAAAAGGCCGCAGCAACGCCCCUGGCGGUGGAUCCGCAGUUGAUACCCCAACUCCAAGCCCCAAAAAGGCUACUAAGUCAUCGGUCGCGAAGCGCAAGGCUGCACCGAAGACAGCAGUGCCAAAGAAAGCAGCUGCCCAGAAGGGGAAAGCGAUGAAGGUGGUUGCCGUUGCCCUCGCGGAAAUUCUGGUUAGGCAAAGGACUGACUUGGCAAAGGUUGAAGAGCCUUCUUCUGGAGAGGAAACUGAGAUCGACGAGGCUGCCCUUAGGGUUAGUGAUGAUGCUUUAUUUGAUCAAUUCUGUAAUGCUGACUGA